AUGGUGGUCCCAGCAUUUGGAUUCAGCGUGGGGGACUUCAUAGCUGCGAUUGAGCUUUGUGCCAAAGUGGGCAAAUCUCUUAGAACUGUCGGUGGCGCUUCAGACGACUAUCAGCAUGUCGCGAUCGAACUGGAGGGACUCCAACUUGCAUUGGCACGGCUACAGGCGCUUGAGCCGACCGAAAGCAAUGUCAGCCAAGUCAACGCCAUCCGAGGGAUGGCCUUGGCUUGCAGGCUCCCGUUGCAGGAGUUUCUGACUAAGAUCCAAACCUACGAGUCUCAGAUGGGACCCUGGGCAGCCAGCUCACUCAAGGGUGCCGGGAAGAAAGCCAAAUGGGCCGUCUUCAUCACCCAGGAUGUUCAGAAACUGAGGGGCAUGGUGUCUGCCAAAGUCUGGAGUAUAAAUUUACUACUGGCAACCCACGCUUCGUGA